UGGCGCCCUGGGCGGUUGCCUAGUUCGCCUGUGUGGACGCGCCGACCCUGGGUGGCAGUCCGCGGCCUUGCGCUGGAAGCACCGGCGAGAUACGCCCCUGGCAGCGGUGCAGUUGCCCAGUCCUGUCCCGCGCCGUUGGCUUGCCGGACAUCUCGGCAGUGCUUGGCCGUGUUCCACGGGAAGACUGCUGAACUUGUGGGGCGCUGACAGUUGGACGUUACUGAGCUGCUGGUUUCCUUACCGCGUGUCAUGCCCUGGAGCCCGCCAGACAGCUGAGAGGUCGGGUCCAGUGCCCGCCCCCUGUGCUGAACACACUCAUGCAGCAGAGUGCAAGUGCAUGCAGCUGAGACGUGGUGGGACUGAGUCACGAGGCAACUCGGUAACCAGAUAGCAAACACCAGCGCCACGCUACACCUCCACAGACCGAGGCUGCCAUCUGCGUGUGGACGCCAUCGGCUGCGGUCGACCGAGAAACUGGCCGGUGUCCACUUGCGAGCAACAACACAGACUGGCCACGCUCGCGUGUCGCGUGUCGCUGCUCAGACCUGCUGACUGCGACACGCCUGGCGCUCCUGGAGCAGAGAGCGACAUGGCUGUCGCCGCGACAGCAGGGGUUCCCGCCUCACAGGCGGCGCGGGUCGCCAGUAGCGCCUGUGGUCGCUGCCGGAGCAGACAUGUCGUGCGUGCACGCUGGCGGGGGUGACCUGGAAGAUGGCGAGGUGCUGGCGGCUCAGACCGGCAUGAUGUAUGGGGAGUACCUGCAGCUAGACAAGGUGCUGAGUGCACAGCGGCUUGUGAGCGCUCAGGACAACCGGCCAGUUCACGACGAGCACCUCUUCAUCAUCACGCACCAAGCAUACGAGCUAUGGUUCAAACAAAUAAUAUACGAGCUGGACUCAGUACGAGCCAAAUUCAACAGUCAGGACCUGACACUGGAUGAGUCGCAGUCCUUGGAGAUCCUGCGGCGAAUGAACAGGAUUGUGCUCAUCCUAAAGCUGCUGGUGGACCAGGUGAUGAUCCUGGAGACCAUGACGCCGCUCGACUUCAUGGACUUCAGGAACUACCUGUCGCCUGCCUCGGGCUUCCAGUCGCUGCAGUUCCGUCUGCUGGAGAACAAGCUAGGCGUGCGCCAGGAGCACCGGGUGAAGUACAACCAGCAGUACUCGCGGGUGUUCGGCGAUGACGACGAGGCGAUGCGAGCCAUCGAGCGGUCGGAGCAGGAGCCCUCGCUGUCGCAGCUGGUGCAGCAGUGGCUGGAGCGCACCCCGGGUCUCGAGGUCGAAGGGUUCAACUUCUGGGGGAAGUACCGGCACGCCGUGCAGCAGCUGCUGCGCGAGCAGCACGAGACCAUCCUCGCGGAGACCUCGGAAGCCAUGCGGCGCCACAAGCUGACCGACCUGGACAAGAAGAAGGAAGUGUUCGACUCCAUCUUCGACCCGAGCGUGCACGCGGCGCUGGUGUCGCGCGGCGAGCGUCGCUUCUCGCACCGCGCCAUGCAGGGCGCCAUCAUGAUCACCUUCUACCGCGACGAGCCGCGCUUCAGCCAGCCGCACCAGCUGCUCAUGCUGCUCAUGGACAUAGACUCGCUCAUCACCAAGUGGAGAUACAACCACCUGAUCAUGGUGCAGCGCAUGAUUGGCUCGGCCCAGCUCGGCACGGGCGGGUCGUCGGGCUACCAGUACCUGCGCUCCACUCUCAGCGACCGCUACAAAGUGUUCCUGGACCUGUUCAACCUGUCCACGUUCCUGAUCCCGCGGGACUUCAUCCCGCCACUCAGCCGCCACAUGAAGAGCACAUUGUCCAUCUCCCAGGACACGGGCGCGCAGAACGGAGACGACUCUGACCCCAGCCCGGAUGCCGUGAGCGACCGCUCCGUCUGACACUGCCACCACUCCACCACUCCCGGCUGCCACACGCCACUUGCAGCUGCACUCGCAAAUAACAGUGACGCCGCCUUAAACUGCUGAGCAAAUACCAGCAUGCAUAAAACAACACAAACACGGAACAUUACAUUUAUAAAAACUAUUCUCAGAGAUGAUUAUGUAGUGUGAAUGUUUUGUGCCAAUUCAAUUCUACAAAAAAAAAUAUAUAAUUAUUAACACACUUGAGAGAUAUAUUCUAAGGUCCUGCACUUAGUUUCAGGCAAGUGCACCAGUCAGAGCCUAUGAGGACAUGAACAAUGCACUUAGAAUCAUAACUUACCCCUUUUCUAGUUACGAUGAGUUGGAGCACAGGUUACUCAGAAAGACCUGGUCUCCAAUUCCACACAGUUGGGCGUUGACGUAGUAGCUUGUGCUCUUGUAGGUUCAACGUUCAUGUGUGGAUUAUGAACACCGAGUCUCGCGUUCGGAGACAUUAUCUCGUGUUAGUGAUGUAAUAAGUGAAAUAGGCUCACUUGCAAGUCUGAGGGGGAAAAAAUUCAGGAGCAAUUUUUUAUAUUCUACAAAAAUAAUUAUGGUUCAUUAGAUUUGCUUGCCUACAUACAUUUCCUUCCCAUUGCUGUAGGAAGUUUGUUUGAAAAUGAGUCCAAAGUCCAAAGUCUAGUAUGUACUGGAAAAAACAGGAGGCAACCAAAUAAAUAAAUAAAUAAAUAAAUAAAUAAAUGCAGCACCUCCAGGGGAGUGAAAAUCAAGCAACAUGUUCGUACCAACAAUUAGUGUUGUGUUGUGUUCAGUUCAGUUCAGUUCAGUUCAGUUCAGUUCAGUUCAGUUCAGUUCCAACUCCAGCUCACAUUUGUAAUGUGAGUUACAUUUUAAUUUCAGAUUUUAUUUUGGUUUUCACAAUUGCAGCUAUGAUUAAUGUUGUGUACAAGCCAAACAGAUAGCAGCUGCUUCAUUGAUAACUAGCAUACGCACAACAAAACAGUACAUGCACGGCACAUGUAAAGUCGACUAACUUUUCUCUGUGCUGUGCACAGACUUCUGUUUGUGGCCAAUCAGUGUACGCUAUGUCAGCAACACAGAAUAACUGACUUGUUUUGAUAUAUCAUAUAUGUACCUAUUUCUAAGGUAGAAUGAAAUUAAUUUGAGUAUGUAGUUUAUUGUUCAAACACCGUGAAAUUAAAUGCUAGGAUUCUGCUUCUGUAAAUAAGAGUUGACAAAAUCCGAACAUUUGAAACUGAACAUUUUUGACAGAAGUAAAUAAUGGAAAGAUCUGUGCCUGCUGUGUUGUGUGUGAAUGUAGCGUUGACUUCUGUAAUGUGCGUGUACAACCAUGCUAUUUAUAUGCUGUUGGUAUGUUAUCGUGAAUGCAGCCUAGGCUUAAUCACACUCGUGAGGAGGGUUGUGGGUUCGGAGCUCACUCCCAUCACUUUAAGCCCCUGUGACGCACAUCCCCAUCUUUCUAUGCUUGCAAUCACUUUACAUUCGAGAGCGUUCUUUUAUUUAAGGCCGCUUGAAUUAAAGCCAUCUUUAGUUUGGUUGGAUGUAUUAUUUUAUGCUUGGAAAAAGUUUAAUUUUGGUUUAGCUUUAAAACUUUCUGUUUUAAAAGCUUGAUUAUUAAUGCAAGAAUCAAGUGUCUCUGUAGUACACUCUAAGCAUGUAAGGUCACUUUACUGUUGUUUGUGCACACUCACGACCAACAAGUACAGAUUUCACAUUGAUUUAUUCACUGUAUACGAGAAGUCAUAAAGUUUGGGAAUCAACAUUUUCGCAGUUCAGGUGUACAAACAGCUAGCUUCUUGUGGGUACGUAUUUAGGUACUGAUAAGCCAUUGUUUCUAUUCUUAAUCAUCCAAUACUAAUGUGUAUUGUGUUCAACUUUAUAAAGCUGGAAUUUAGACCUAUUUAAAGUCAUAACUUUAAUCUAUUAGAAAAAUUAAAAGUUUUCUUCUGGGUUUAUUUAUAUAGUAGAACCCCUGUUUUACAUUUUCAAAGGAUGUAUUAAAAAAUAAGUGUAAGGAAAAUGCUUUAUUUCGCAUAAGAGUAAAUUAUCAUAAUCUCACAAACACUACACACACCUUUUUCAACUUUCUUUGCAUUCUUGCAAAGUUUAUGUUUUCAGAAUUUAAAUUUUCAGGUGGAUUUUAUUAGAUAUUUACACCACCAUUGUGUUUCAUUUCAUAAUAAAAUAGGCCCUGUCACAGUACAUAUAGACUUAAGGCUCUCAAAGGUACGCUGUGUACAUCUGGACUCUGCGAUGCUACGUUAUGAAGGUUUGUUCGAAAGGAAAAUUACCAUUUUAAGCACAUCAUAGAUAUUCAAGGCGUGAGACUGAACGAGCAUUAAGUGGCAAGACCAAACGUCUCCCUUUCAGCUAUGGCGUAGGGUGAACUGGGCAUUAGACUCAUUUUCUGGUAGGUAGUGUAAACAACACAACGCAUUGUAGUCAUGGGGCUUGAGUUGGGGAAUGUAAAAUCAAGAUUCUACUGGAAUCCAUAAUUAUUUUUUUGGGUGUUGUAUUUAACAGCUGAAAAACCCUACUAUGUAGUACACUACGUAUGUGUAAAGUCUAGUUCAUGUAGAUGAGCACCUACACAUCUGAGAAUCCAACAGUUUGUGGAGAUCACGGGACGAUUGCACAACACGUAAUACACAAUCCCUGGGUGUACCUUACGAGGUUUUGUUAACGCACGUGGUGUGUGAAGGUGCUGCUCUCUAGUAGCACGGGACAGGUGGCAGUGUUGAUGUGUGUUCCCACUUAAGUUUCAUGUAUUUCAGUUCCUGUGCUUUCAAAGCUAAGUUUUGUAUCUAUAUAGAAAUAAUAAAAGGAAUGUCUACUGUA